AUGGGAAUUUGCAUUUCUGUUGAGAGUAAUGAUGUCUAUGAACCGACUGCAAACGUUAUCUUAAUGGACGGGGGCAUUCAGAAAUUCUCAGAUCCUGUCAAGGUUGAAGAGAUAUUGAAGAAUAAUCCGGGUCAUUUUAUCUGUAGUUCUGAUGUUCUUUACAUUGGCAAAUUUAUAACAGAGCUUCUUCCUCAUGAAGAGCUGCAGCUUGGGCAGUUGUAUUUUAUUGUUCCUAGAAGGAAAUUAGGGUUUGUUUUAUGUGAGAAGGACAUGGCUUCUCUUCUUUUGAAGGCGAAUAAUGCAACAGCACAAUUUCUCUCUUCCAAAUUUGGAGGAAAAGUGCACCCACUGUUUAACAUGCAUCCUUAUUCUGGUGAAGAGGAGGAAUGUUCAUCACCAUCAUCACCAUCAUAUUCUUCUUCUCUGUGUUGUGUUAAGAGAGUCCGAUCGGGUAUAAGCAAAGAGUGGAAGUCGAAUCUUGAAACUAUUGUGGAAGUUGCUUGA